CUCCGCUAAAUUAGAGGUUCUUCGACCUUCGACCUCCAUGUGGCUGCUGCGUCGUCAAGGAUGGUGAACGUCCCCAAACAGCGCAAGACGUUCUGUAAGACUUGCAAGUGCCACUCCUUGUUCAAGGUCACCCAAUACAAGGCGGGGAAGGCAUCUCUUUACGCUCAGGGGAAGAGGAGGUACGAUAGGAAGCAGAGAGGGUAUGGGGGACAGACUAAACCAGUUUUCAGGAAAAAAGCGAAGACAACGAAGAAGGUUGUCCUGAGAAUGGAGUGCUCCAAAUGCCACAAGAGAAAACAAGUCUCUCUCAAGAGGUGCAAACAUUUUGAGCUCGGAGGAGACAAGAAGCGAAAGGGCCAGAUGAUCCAGUUCUAGGAAUACUAUAAUUUUUAAUGUUCUCUCGUUGUAAAUAUUGCUCUCAUCGAAGUCCGGUAAAAAAAUUGUGGUCACGUGUGUGCGGGUCAAAGGUCGGCUAGUUGUUCCAACUGGAGCCCACCAGAGAAUUGAAGAGCCGAGGAGCUAACAAGCUCGCAUGGAUCUGGAGAAUUGUCGCCCCGCGGUGGAAGAGGAGCAAAUCGACAAUCUAAACGACGAGACUUUCGGAGACGGCGCAGUAGAAGAUGACUGGGAGGCAAGUCACCUGGCCAAACUUGACGGCGAUGGGAUUCCCCUCCCCGUCGAGGGAUUACAUCAUGAUGAUGCAAUCCUGGGAGCCGUAACGACCACGAUGACAGCGCCCCAGAACGGCAGCCACACCCCAAAAUCGUCCUCAGCAGUUGGAGAGGUCAGUGGAACCUCUCUCUAA